CUGUCGUGCAGCCGCGGCUCCGGCUCCGCUGAACCUGCGCUCCAGUGAGGUGUCCAGCGAGAGCUUCAGGGUCACCUGGACACACCCCGCACCUGACGUCACCUUCUACAGACUCACCUGGAGACCAGCGGCUGGAGGAGAGACUAAAGAGGUGCUCAUCAAUGAUCACUCGGACCGGUUCCUCCUCUCGGCGCUGCGGCCGAACACUGAAUAUGAAGUUUCUCUGUCCGCCAUUUACAGAGACGAGUCCGAGAGCGAGCCGGUGGAGCUGAGCGAGACCACAGCUGCCAGAACGACCACAGUGGCCACGACCAGCGCACGGACGACACCAGCCGUGCAGCGUCUGGCCGUCAGGAACCUGCAGCUCAGUGAUGUGACCACCUACAGCAUGCGUGUGUCGUGGGACCCUGCGGGCCCAAGUGCGCGUCAGUACCGUGUGUCAUACAUCAGCACACGGGGAGAUCGCGCCGAGCAGACGGCGAUGGUUCCUGCAGGUCAGAGCUGGUUGCUGCUGCAGCCUCUGCUGUCAGACACUGAGUACCGCGUGAGUGUGUUUGCGGUGUACAGCGACGGAGAAUCUCCACCAAUCACACGCAUCGCCCGCACACUGCCUCUGUCUGCCCCCAGUGGUCUGCGUGUGUCAGAGCAGUGGUAUAACCGCUUCCGCAUCAGCUGGGACGCUCCGCCCUCGCCAACCAUGGGCUAUAGGAUCAUCUACCAGCCCACCUCAGCGGGCGGGCGUGCUCUCGAGACGUUUGUGGGUGAUGAUGUGAACACGAUGCUGAUCGUCAACCUGCUGAGCGGGACAGAGUACAGCGUUAAAGUCAUCGCCACAUACACCACCGGCUCCAGCGACGCCCUGAGCGGACGCGCACAGACCCUGUAUCUGGGUGUCAGUAACCUCAGCAGUUAUCAGGUGCGGGCGACCAGCAUGUGUGUGCAGUGGCAGCCGCACCGCCACGCCAGCCUGUACCGCCUCGUCCUGCAGCCGCAGCUCCACGGUGAAAAACAGGAAGUGAGGCUGCCAGGCUCCGCCUCCAGACACUGCUUCAGUGAGCUGAGCCCGAACACACAGUACAGCAUCAGUGUUCACGCACAGCUGCAGGAGACGGAGGGCCCCGCCGUCAGCACCACCGAGAGGACGCUUCCUGUGAGCACAGCUCCGCCCACCACCGCCAGCAGCUCCGCCCCUCCGCCCACCCUGCCCACCACUAAAGAAGUGUGUCGAGCUGCUAAAGCUGAUCUGGUGUUCCUGGUGGACGGCUCGUGGAGUAUCGGAGAUGAUAACUUCCAGAAGAUCAUCCGCUUCCUGCACAGCACGGCUGGAGCUCUGGAUCAGAUCGGGCCGGAUGGGACUCAGGUGGCCAUCGCUCAGUUCAGUGACGACGCGCGCACAGAGUUCAGCCUCAGCUCACACCGCAGCAAAGAGGAGCUGCUAACCGCCAUCCAGAGGGUCAGCUAUAAAGGAGGAAACACCAAGACAGGCCGAGCCAUGCAGCAUGUGAAGGACUCUGUGUUUGCGCCGGUGGGCGGGGCCAGAAGGGGCGUGCCUAAAGUGCUGGUGGUGUUGACGGACGGCCGUUCCCAAGACGACGUGCUGCAGGUGUCACAGGAGCUCCAGGCUGAAGGCUUCAUCGUGUUCGCCAUCGGGUUUGCGGACGCGGAUUACGGCGAGCUGCUGAGCAUCGCCAGUCGCCCCGGAGACAGACACGUGUUCUUCGUGGACGACCUCGACGCCUUCCGCAACAUCGAGGAGAAGCUCAUCACCUUCGUCUGUGAAGCAGCCUCAGCCACGUGUCCUUCAGUACCCAUGAGCGGCAGCACUCUUGCAGGCUUCCGCAUGAUGGAGAUGUUCGGGCUGGUGGAGCACCUGUACAGCAGUGUGGACGGUGUGUCGCUGGAGCCGGGGACCUUCAACAGCUUCAGCAGCUACAGACUAGGCAGAGACGCACUGCUCACACAGCCCACCAGGUUCCUCCACCCUGAGGGUCUGCCGUCUGACUACACCAUCUCCAUGCUUUUCCGCCUGCUGCCCGAAACCCCCCCGGAGCCCUUUGCAUUGUGGGAAAUCCUCAACAGCAGCAACGAGCCCUUAGUAGGCGUCAUUCUGGACAUUGCAGGGAAGACUCUGACCUUCUUCAACACCGACUAUAAAGGAGACUUCCAGACCGUCACCUUUGAGGGAGCCGAGAUACAGAAGCUGUUCUACGGCAGCUUCCACAAGCUGCACAUUGCGGUCAGCAAGACGUCGGCUGCAGUGAUGGUGGACUGUCGCUCUGCAGGAGAGAAGCCUGUAAACGCAGCCAGAAACAUCAGCACUGACGGCCUGGAGGUCCUGGGCCGCACCGUCCGCUCCAGAGGCUCCAAAGACAACUCUGCCCCGUUUCAGCUGCAGUCCUUUGAUAUCGUCUGCAGCACAUCCUGGGCUCGACGGGACAAAUGCUGUGAGCUGCCCAGCCUGAGGAAGGAAGCUGACUGUCCAUCUCUGCCGCGUGCCUGUACCUGCACUCAGGACAGUAAGGGCCCCCCCGGCCCCGCCGGACCCCCGGGAGGUCCUGGGAUCAGAGGUGCUCGAGGAGAUCGUGGUGAACCCGGCCCUGUGGGUCCUGUUGGUCCAGUUGGGGACGCUGGUGUUCCUGGUGCUCAGGGGCCUCCCGGUCCUCCAGGGCCCAGCGGACGCUCCAUCAGGGGCCCUCUGGGCGCUCCGGGUGAGUCGGGUCAGAAGGGUGAUUCUGGUCCUCCAGGGCCACAGGGAGUUCCUGGAUCUCCGGGGUCUGUGGGCCGCGAUGGACCUCCAGGGUCUCGGGGUCUGCCGGGUCAGGAUGGGCCUCAGGGUAGAGUUGGGCCUUCGGGAUCCAUCGGAGGUCCAGGAGCCCCCGGAGCCCCAGGUGAGAACGGCCCUCCAGGACCUACAGGAGACCAGGGCCCUCCGGGACCCGCGGGGUCCAAAGGGGAGAAGGGUGAGCGGGGGGAAGUCCAGUCCACCUCUUCUGUUCAGGCCAUCGCCAGACAAGUGUGUGAGCAGCUGAUCCAGAGCCACAUGGCGCGCUACAGCUCCAUCCUGAACCACAUCCCCAGUCAGCCGGUGUCCAUCCGCACGGUUCCAGGGCCCCCAGGAGAGCCCGGCCGGCAGGGACCUCCAGGACCUCAGGGAGAGCAGGGGCCGCCCGGACGACCCGGAUUCCCCGGCACUAAUGGAGAGAACGGCCAGCCGGGAGCCAGAGGUGUCCUGGGGGAGAAGGGCGAGAAGGGUAAUCCAGGGGUCGGUGUCCAGGGACCACGAGGACCUGCUGGAACUCCAGGGCCUCCUGGUGAAGGCAGAACAGGAAGUCCAGGACCAUCCGGUCGCCCUGGAAACCCUGGGAGUCCCGGAAGACCUGGAAUACCAGGACCGGUGGGUCCAGCAGGCCCUCCAGGAUACUGCGACCAGAACGCCUGCCUCGGGUACAACGUAGGAGGCGCUGACCUCACUGACACCGAUGUCCCUGUAGUUCAGCUUCCGCCGAGCUCCUACCAGCCGUACGGGCCGGAGGGUGAGGCGGAGGAGGCAGACCCGUAUGGCAGCUACGGCUCCUACUAUCAGCCCAACUACCCUCCACCGCGGCCCGUCCAUGAGGAAGAGGAGGAGCUGCGCUCACCCGGCAUGCAGAGGCAGACCUGAAACACACACAUAAACACACACACACACACACACACUGCAGAUGCUGACCAGUGUUCAUUAAUGAGCAAACACACUGAUGAAGCAGUGGAAAAACAACCAUCAGCUGCUCUGAAGAUCACCAGUGCUUCAUAACAUACACACAUUCCCAGAGCUUAUACAGGUCUAUAAACACAUUUACAGAGCUCAUACAGGUCUAUAAACACAUUCCCAGAGCUUAUACAGGUCUAUAAACACAUUCCCAGAGCUUAUACACGUCUAUAAACACAUUCCCAGAGCUCAUACAGGUCUAUAAACACAUUCACAGAGCUUAUACUCGUCUAUAAACACAUUUACAGCCCUUAUGCACAUCUAUAAACAUUCCCAGAGCUUAUACAGGUCUAUAAACACAUUUACAGCCCUUAUGCACAUCUAUAAACAUUCCCAGAGCUUAUACAGGUCUAUAAACACAUUUACAGAACUCAUACAGGUCUAUAAACACAUUCACAGCCCUUAUGCACAUCUAUAAUUAUUCCCAGCUGUUAUGCACAUCUAUAAACAUUCACAGCCGUUAUGCACAUCUAUAAUCAUUCACGAUGAAGCCAUGUUAAUAAGCAGCCAUGUUAAGAACGCCAGCACGCCACUGCGCUCAGUGAUGGAGGCCUGAAAUGUUCACGUCUGUCUGUUCUUGUGUGGAAUAUGUGCCUUAUAAUCACAGUGACAUUGUGAAUAUGUGCCUUAUAAUCACAGUGACAUUGUGAAUAUGUGCCUUAUAAUCACAGUGACAUUGUGAAUAUGUGCUUUAUUACAGUUAUUUAAGGAUAUUUAAUUGUCCAAAGAUACACCAGCAGCCUAGUUUGUGUCUUUCUGGUGAACCGAUUCGUCUUGAUUGAAUCAGUUCAGUGAGUCGUUUCUGUCCGUCGCUCUGAUACUUCACUCAGACCCUCCUGCUGGGUGUUUGAUGUCUGAACAUGUAGAUCAAUAUUUUAGCAUAGAAACGACUGUGAUUAUCUUCCUCUUCAUGAUUAUCUGGAGAAAUCAGUCCAGUUGUUCAGAUUUUUGAUCAUAUUGUAGUUUUUAUAUUCAGCUUUUAAUAUUCACUUGACUCUCCUGAAUAAAUCAGUGUUAAAGAAGAGUUCACUAUCAGGCGAUUUCUGAUCAGUCUGAGCGCUUCCUCUGCCGUCUCACUGAUUGAUUAUGAAUGUUUGUGUCUGAUUGAUCAUCUAGAUGAACGUCUCGUCCGUCUCUCAUGCUCAUGUGACUUUAGCCGUUACGCUAGUUAUUUAUUGUAUAUGAUGGAGUUUCUUGUUUGUCAGCAUGUUUUAAUCUGAGCUUCUCUCUCGAUGAUCCUCAUGGUGUUUACAGUCCUGUUUCGUGUGUAUUUGAUGUGACGGUGUAUUGUCUGAUGCUCUAUUUUGAUGAAUGAUGCAGUAUUUGUGUGCCUGUGCUAAUGUCAGACACAUUCACCUCAUAAAUCACUCUAAUAAACAUUAAGAGACAUUAA